AUGGCGACGCGGCCGGCGCUCCUCGAGGUGGCGCUCUUCCUGCGGACCUUGCGCCGCUUCGACGCCUCGCGCCGCGUCUACGUCGCGUCGGACACGGCCGUCGCCGCCUACGUGUCCCGGGUCGCCAACGCGACGGCCGUGCCGUGCCUCGUCAAGUACGAGAACUACUCGCGGGUCUGGAUGAAGAAGAAGCGCUGGGGUCCGAUGAACGUAUGGACGCACCUGCAGCUCGAGAAGACGACGGUCAUGGCGCGCGCGUUGGACGACGGCGCGCCGGGCGUCCUCUUCGCCGACGCGGACGUCGCCUGGCUCGCGCCGCUGCCGCCCGCGGGCGCCGGCGCCGUCGGCGUCUCGCCGUGCCUCUGCCGCGACCGCGUCGAGGCGACCUACGGCGCCUACAACGGCGGCCACGUCUUCGCGCGGACCACGGGCGUCCUCGACCUCUGGCGGUCCGCGACGAGCCGGUCGCGCUACAUGGAGCAGGCGGCGCUCGAGGAGGUCUACGCCGAGACCGCCGGCGCGUUCCUCUGGGACGCGCGCGCGAACGUCGAGUGGCUCAACGUCGUCGCGAGCCACUCCGUCGACGGCCGGGACCACGCGGCGGACCUCGUCGCCGACGGCGACACCGUCGCCUGGCUCGGGCGGCGGCUGCUGUCGGCGCACGCGCACGUCGUGCCCACGGCGAACCAGCCGGCGUUCCAGCGGCGCGCGCUGGGGCCCAUGCUGGACGCGCUCCGGCACUCGGCCGUCGAGCCGGACCUCUGCGCGACGCACCACCUGCUCUGCGCCGGCGCGCGACCGUGCGCGCCCGCGGACUGGCUCUUCGACCGACGGAACGUCACGGUCCACGUCGCGACGUUCGCGCCGGGCCACGGAAACGCGGCGACGAACUACUACCACUUCUUCUACGGCCUGCUCGUGCCCGUGCUCCACUGGCUCGAGGAGCUGCGGCCGCGGCCGGGCGACGUGGUGGUACUCAACGAGCCGCCGUUCCACCGCGGCGCGACGCACCGCUUCCUGCCCCAGCUGCUGCGCCUCGCGGGCCGCGACGCCUGCGUGCAGAUGGGCGUCGUCGAGGCGCCGGACCGGAACGGCAGCGGCGCGGCGGCCGCCCACGUGACGCUCGCCAACGAGUUCUGGGACUGGAGCCGCCUCGACGACGCGGCCGCGGCGCGCUAUACGCGGCGGCCCGAGUGGGGGCUCGACUACCACCUCUACGGCUGCGGCCGCUUCGACGACGGCGCGCGGCGGGAGCUCGCGGCGCGCGUCGCCGCGGCGCGCGACGCCCUGCUCCGCGCCUGCCGCUGCGCGGCGGCGUCGGGCGCGCCGCGCGUGCUCGUCAUCCGGCGCGAGCACCGGCACGCGAGCGACCAGGCGCACCAGAACCGGUCCCUCGCGAACUUCGACGACGUCGUGGCCGCGCUCCGCGAACGGCCCUGGGCCGCGAGCCACGAGGUGCGCGUCGUCGACUUCGGCGACGCGGACCUCUGCCGGCAGGCGUGCGAGACGGCCGCGGCGACGGCACAGCACGGCGCGGGGCAGGCCAACAUGGCGCUGCUCCGCGGCGGCGGUUUCGCGGGCGUCGUCGAGAUCUGCCCCAAGCCCAUGAUGUACAAGUCCAUCUUCCAGUGCCUCGCGGCGCUCCGCGGCGUCCGCUACGCGCGCGUCGAGCAGCCGACGAUGCACGGGCCCGUCGACGUCGCCGCCGUCGCCGCGGCCGCGGACGCGGCGGUCGCGGCCGCGGGGUCGCCGGCGGCGGCGGACUGGCCGCGGGGCGGGCACCACCUCAAGGUCUGCGACACGAAGAACGCGGCCUGGCGCGCGCCCAUCGCGUGCGGCUACGGGUAA